GUCUGAUAACCCAGAAUGCCUUGCUGUCUAAAAAAUUCCGGCGGGAAUCGUUGAGAUAACUCCAAAAAACUCCCUGAAACCAUGGAUAAUUUUGAAGAAAACUCUCAUGCUCUCUGCUUGGUUUUAAACAAUAUUAUUUCCCAGGAGGUAAUAGAUGAUAAUUUUAAAGAGGCGUUCUUUGAAACGAUUCCUGAAGACGAGGACGGCUCCACCAAGAUGUUCAAUAUUUCGUUCGUCUCGCCAGGAGUGAAACAUCCACUUCAAAAUAUCAUCACAAAAACAGAAUACGGAUUUUUCCUUGUCAGUAAAGCCAUCUUAGAGGUAUCCCAUGACGAGGACGGCGAAGAAACCUACCAAUUCACGCACAGCAAGUUAUCUCGUAAGACAAUUGAACAUGUUUUGGUUGGCACUCCGAUUUCCAUGGAGGUGUACUACAUAAACGGGAGAGAGCCAUUGCACCGAGUGAGCACUGGAUCAGACGGAAGCACAAGCACUUUCGAUGUGCAGCUUACGAAUCUCGCAUCAGUUAAUCCUGUACAAAAGGAUGAAGCACGCUAUCUAAUAUCAUUAUUUGACUACGCAUUAGCUAACAACCAUGAAAUAAGUGAAGAAGUUAAGAACAUUCCUCUUUGUGUGAUGGUGUCAGGAGAAAACAGCGCAAAUGAAAUGUCACUCGCUCACCUAGCUUCCAUUCCGAAACACAGCACCAUAAACCAUGUCAUAGUCAGCAGCCGUGGCCCAUUCAUUGACCCCAAUGCGUUACCAAACAUAAACUUCUUUAAAAAAUGGCAUGCUGGUUCUACUAGUGGACCCAUUCAGACUUGUGGAUAUGCUAUUUUUGAGCUCCUGGGACUCUCUCAUGCAUCCUCUGAGCCACAGGGAGACACUCUAAGCUCAGUCUUGAUUGAGUUUGCCUGGGAGAAUGUUAGUGAUGUCCUGCAGAUGCCCCCACUUAGCUGUAACAGUGUCCUUCAUGUGCAGAACAUUCCAGGUAGCAUGGAACUCUGUGCACUUAAGCUAAACAUGGAAGUUGAACAACUGAAGAUUUUGAGUGAGAUGCUGAAUGAACAAGAGAAAGAGUGGCCAUUUGAUUCAGAAGAUUUGGAGUCUGCUUUUGACAGGACUGCUAAGCUCUUGGAGAAGCAGAACUCUGUGGAUACAGAAACCCCUGCCUCAGAAAAGGAGAUGGAUGAUACAAAUGACUGCUUGCCUUUUGAUCAAGAUACUUUUGCAGCCAGGAAAGAGCUAGAUUUUACAGAAUCUCUUUGGAUGGUACUUAAGGAUGCAGCUGACUUUGAAGACGUCGCAGCAAGCAUUCAGAGCGCAUUCUUCGCGACACUCAGUGGCAAACAACAGCCAAUCUUGUAUGGUUCUAAUACUAGUUCAAUUGCUGAGCUUAUGAGAGCUGUCCUUACCUGUGACACUAAUGAGGAGAAGCACAAAUUGAGAAUGCGAAUGGAAGAAAUAAUCUCUGAUAAAAGUGAGAUCCUAAGAUGCCUGGUUGAAAUAGGUGUAGAGAAGCUACUACGUGACCUCACUACUUAUUUCUUAUCAGAAGAAUUAGUCACACAAGAGCAACUGUCAUAUUAUACGGACACCUCUCCUGACUUGGUGAGCCGUGUCUCCAUGGUUGGAAAAAUGCAUAACAUUCUAGACCUCAUUUUGACCACUAAGUCUGUAAUAGAUGUGGGCCACUCAAACCUUCAGCUUCUCACCCAGUCCAGUCUCACCUACUAUAAGCAUCAUACGGUUGGUGAUCACCCUGUGUUCUCACUCUCCUUGCCUGCAUUUGGAAUGUCUUCUAGCUCGGCCAUCAAGCAAAUCAUUGCCAGUCAAAAGCCUUCCACAUGGUGUGUGUCACUCAAAUCAAAGACCAAGAAGGGGGAAAUUGUCUCCGUUGUCCACAUUAGUACAACAAUGCUAACAGGGAAAGCAGAGAACUCAGUGCUUGAUAUAAGCGCUUUGAAUGAGGAUGGGGAUUGUACUAUUAAUGGCCUACAAAGAUCUAAACUGCCUUACUAUCUUACUUUUGCCAAGCAGACUCUUCUACCCUUAAUACCAUGCAAGUUGAAUAUCAAGUAAGAAAAAUCCUGGAUGUGGCUAUAAUACAGACAGUAACUCAUUACUGAUAUGCAAUGGCUAUAACAUCUAGGAACCAGUAUUACAUCAUAAAUGAAUCUUGGAAAGUUAAUAAAGAUACAGAAGUAAUAAAAGCGACAUGCCAGCACACUGUUGCAUUGGCUAUGGUAAAGGGUAUUUUUUUAAAUUUAAUUUUUCAAUUGUCUAAAUGACCAAUAUGAUUUGGUUGUGUUCAAGCUUGUAAAAUACUUUAGGAAUGUGUUAAUUUUCAUGUAGUAAAUAUGUAGAAUAUAGACUGUAGAUGUCUGUCUGGCAACACCUCUUUGUACAAGAAUCUUUUAAUAUAGAAAUUUGUUUACGCCACCAUAAAAAAUGGUUUCUAAAAGUUGGGCAUUUAGGAGGUUGAAAGUGAUUUAUUAGUUUGUUCACAGCCCUCUUGUCAAUUUUUUCAAGCAUUUUGAUCAUUUUAUGAAAAGUUUGAAGCUAAAUACCCCCAUUAAAAAGGCUGUAAAUGUG